AUGGAUGGACUAAGCCUAUCUGCUUCUAUCGAUGACUUCUCGUCAAUCUAUUACGAGCUCAACUUAAGUUAUAAUUACACAGACUUUGUUUUAAACCCUGAAACGCAGCCUUGCAAUGUCUUCCCAAACCCAGAGGCAGUGAUGAUUGUUGUCAGUGUGUUUUAUAUCAUCAUCUUUCUGUUGGCGAUUCCUGGAAAUCUGAUAGUGGGGUUGGUGAUGUGCCUCAACAAGCAAGCUCUGCCGCCCUCUGACCUCUACCUCCUCCACCUGGUUCUUGCCGACCUCCUGCUGGCUUUUACGCUCCCAUUCUGGGCUACCACUCUUACAAGGGGAUGGGUGUUUGGAGAUGCCAUGUGCAAAAUUAUCUCUAUCUUCCAAGAGUUAAGCUUCUACUCAAGCAUCCUUUUCCUGACUUGCAUCAGUAUGGAUCGUUACAUGGUGAUCGUGCGAGCUAUGGAGGCCCGCAGGGCAAACCGACAGCUGGUCAGCUGGGGAGUUUGUGCUGCUGUCUGGGCUGUUGGAGGACUUCUGUCUUUGCCAGGGUUGUUAAAUUCUGCUUUUGUCUCUAACGGCCACAUGGUGUGUAGUGAAUAUUAUGAUCCCAACACUGCUGAUGAGUGGCGGCUGUUCACCAGAAUUCUUCGCCACACUUUGGGUUUUGUUGUCCCCUUGGCCAUCAUGCUGCCCUGUUAUGGAGUUACCAUGAAGCGCCUCCUUCACGUCCGUGGGGGGUUACAGCGGCAACGAGCCAUGAGAGUGAUUGUGAUCGUAGUAGUGGUCUUCCUGCUUUGUUGGGCACCGUACCACGUAGCAGUGAUGGCAGACACAUUUUUCAGGACCAAGAUAGUGUCAUACACUUGUGCAGAAAGGACAGCAGUGGACAAGGCUCUGUUUGCCACCCAGACUCUGGCCCUGCUACACAGCUGUGUCAACCCGGUGCUGUAUGCUUUCGUGGGUGAAAAGUUCAGAAGGAGGCUGCAGCAGAAAAUGAAGAAGAUGGGUGUUCUAGAGAGAACAUCAGGGUCAAGAUCCAGCAAGUCUUCAGUAACAUCAGAACUCACAUCUGCGUUCAUGUGAGAACACCAAAAAGGAUGCUU